AUGGGUGACCGCGGCGGAAUCUCUCUAUUGGUGCGCAACAUCAGUCGUCGUUUACGACCGGAGGACCUUCGGAAGGAGUUUGAGCGCUAUGGAGAAAUUCGCGAUGUCUACAUCCCGAAGGAUUUUUACACAAAGGAACCUAAGGGCUUUGCAUUUGUCGAGUUCUGUAGCGAGCGCGAAGCGGAAGAUGCUCGCCACAGUUUAGAUGGCGCUCAGAUUGAUGGUCGUGAUAUUCGUGUAGUGUUUGCUCAAGAGCGUCGUAAAUCGACGGAUCAGAUGCGUAGUCGCGAAAGGAUGGAAAAGCGUGGAAGAGGCCGUCGCUCACGCUCAAGAUCGCCGCGCCGCCGUGCUGUCCGUGACCGUUCUCGCUCUCAUGAUCGCUGGGCCUCGGCUCGCCGCUCGUCACGGUGGCGUUCUCCUGUGAAGGGCCGAUCGCGCUCUCAUUCUCGCUCGAGAUCCCGCGUCCCUUCACCGAGAGCUCGCUCUCCUUUGCUGCGCCGAUCGGCUUCUCGUGCGCCGAGGUCUCCGCGUCGACCGGUAUCUCCUCGCCGGUCGAUGUCGCCAGCUGCUCGUUCGCCGUCAUUGUCGCCUCAUUACAUUAAGGGUCGCUCUCGCUCGGCAUCUCCUCGACGAGAUGAUGGCCGCUGCCAUUCGCCGGUGGAACAUCCCCGUUACUCAAGUGACAGGGACUAA